GUCAUGGCAGCGUAACGACGCCGACGAGUGAGUUUAACAGUGGAGGUUAAGAACGUGGUUUUUGAAAAUGCUUUUGGUGUGAAAGAGUAGGAGUUGUUCUGGUACAGCGAAAAGGAGGAAGCCGCAGGAGACCCUUCGCUUCGAACCGAGGUGAGAAUGAAGAAGAGAGCAGAAAGGAGCCCGAAAGAGAAGGCAGAUAGAGGAGCGUUUGGGGUGGAAGAGGAGCUUGUGGCGACGGGACUAAUUCCUGAAGACAUAGCUGCUGUGCUAACUAUCGAUGAGUACCAGUGCUGUGGCAGCCUGGAGGUGGACUUCCCAGAGGCCUGUGCUCUGCUGGGAAUGUUAAGGAUUCCAGCAGUGACCCCCCGACACCGAGCCUCAGAGGGGCGCCAGUCGAAGACUGUACGUGGUGCAGUCAGGACAAGCUGCUGUCCGGAGCCUUGUCUUGAGGUGGACUUGGAGACGGAAGAUCCCCGCAGUGUGAGGGAGGUCCGGGUGUUUGGGUGGAAACUGAACAAGUUAAUCAUGCAAGCUCUACGGAAGACCCUGCCAUCGUUGGGCAGCCUACAGAAGUUGCAUCUGUGGAGAGCUGGUUUAACGGAGCAAAUGCUGAGGUCUCUGAAGAUCACCGCCUCUCUGUGCCUCAACCUCAGGACGGUGGUCUUAGAAGGAACUCCCCUUCCAGAUCAGGACUUCCACAUCCUCAUCGGCGAGAACAGCGCGCUCACUGAGCUGUCCCUGCGGAACAACCACAUUGGGGAGUUGGGGGCUCGCCUCAUCGGCGCUGCCCUGUCCACACCACGCACAGCCAACAGGAGCCUGCUCUCCCUCAACCUGUCCUUCAACCACAUCGGGGAUGCGGGGGCCAAACACAUUGCGCAGGGACUCCGAUUGAAUCGCACCUUGUUGUGCCUUUCCCUGGCGUACAACGGAAUCGGAGAUGCCGGGGCAGCGGAUCUGGCACAGGUGCUUGGGCCCUUCGCACUGACUCAUGAGGAAGUUGUAGAGAGGAGGAAGCAGCUGAGCAAGAGAGAGUUGUUGGGCCGAGUUCUGUCCUGCGAACCCCAUCCCCGACAGCAGCCCACACAGGCGCAGACCGCAGACUCCAAGAACCAUCACCCGCUGUCUGUCCCGAGCAGCUCCUCCCUGGAUCACAGUUUGAACAAGGCCUCAAAGAGCACCGCGAAGAAGAAGGAUAUACCGAAAAAAGAUGAAAAACAGGCAGCCAGUCAAGGAGUAGCGGCUGUGGGAAAGAAAGAAGAGACUAAACUUACUAAAAAAGUUCCUGACACCAAAGCAGCCAGGGGCAAAGGGAUGAAACCAGAAAGCAAGGAGAGGCUACCCCUUGUAUCGGAACAAGAGGAGAAGGCCGGUAUCACAGUGAGUAAGGAGAAGGCCGGUAUUACAGUGAGUAAGCAGUCGGCUGAGACCCCAGAGGCAGCGAGCCCUCUGCUGGAGCCAGGGGUGCAGCAUGUCGGAGGCAAAGUCUUACUCCCCGGGAACAACGUCCUCGCUUCCCUUAACCUAUCAGGUAACGCGCUGACGGAGCGCUCACUGUGCCCGUUCCUCGCGGCGCUGGAACGGCAAGCAGAGGGGAGAGGCCUGCUGCGACUCAACCUCUCUAGAAAUUGUUUUCCUCUCCACUGUGAGGCAUUUCUGAAGCUGCAGGAAUUAAUGGCUCUCAGAGAUCCACUCAACAGAAGCGUACCUGGACCAGCGGAAGAGGAGCCUGGGCAGAUAGCAUCGUCCCCAUAGAUUUACACCCAAAAACAUGCGUGUGCUCCCACACACAGUCUUGCUAAAGCGGUUACAGAAAGAAAACUGCAGUUACUGCAGUGUUAUGAUUUGUCCAAUUACACAUUUUCCAUAGACACACACACUGAAGCCGCUUGUCCUGAGCAGGGUCAUGGCGAAUCAAAGCCUGACCCGACAACCCAGGGCGCAAGGCUGGAGGGGGAGGGGACACACCCAGGACGGGACACCAGUCCAUCGCAAGG